AUGUUCCCCUUCUCCAGUUUCUCUGAGGCGAAAGUGCGAUUGUGUUUGUCCACGGCCAAGAGGAAAUUUGCCGACUCCCUGAACGAGUUUAAGUUUCAGUGCAUCGGCGACGCGGAGACAGACGACGAGAUGUGCAUAGCCAAUUCUCUUCAGGAGUUUGCAGCAGUGCUUCAAAACCUGGAGGAUGAGAGGACGAGGAUGAUUGAAAACGCAAACGACGUGUUGAUCAUGCCUUUGGAGCGGUUCAGGAAGGAGCAGAUCAGUGCAGCCAAGGAAGCAAGGAAAAAAUAUGACAAAGAAACAGAAAAGUAUUGUGCGGUGAUGGAAAAGCAUUUAAGUCUAUCGGCGAAGAAGAAGGAGUCCCAUCUACUGGAGGCCGACAAUCAGGUGGACAACGUACGGCAGCACUUCUACGAGGUUUCUCUGGAGUACGUGUUCAAAGUGCAGGAGGUGCAGGAGCGGAAGAUGUUUGACUUUGUUGAACCUUUGUUAGCGUUUCUGCAAGGUCUGUUCACGUACUAUCACCAUGGAUACGAGCUUGCCAAAGACUUCAAUCACUUCAAGACCAACCUGACAAUCAGCAUACAGAACACGAGGAACCGUUUUGAGAGCACAAGGUCAGAGGUGGAGAGUUUGAUGAAGAAGAUGAAGGAGAAUCCUCACGAGCACAAGAGCGUGAGCCACCACACCAUGGAGGGCUACCUGUUUGUGCAGGAGAAACGUUCCUUUGUAUCCACCUGGGUGAAGUACUACUGCACUUACCACAGAGAACCCAAGAGAAUCACCAUGGUUCUGUUCGACCCCAAAUCAGGAGGAAAAAUGGGAGAAGAGGAGAGCUUUAUUCUCAAGUCUUGCACUCGGAGGAAAAGUGACUCUAUAGAAAAGAGGUUUUGUUUUGACGUGGAAGCAGUGGACAGGCCGGGGGUGAUAACGAUGCAGGCGCUCUCUGAGGAGGACCGCAGGCUGUGGAUGGAGGCCAUGGACGGGCGCGAGCCGGUUUACAAUCUAAACAAAGACAACCAGACAGAGGGAAUGGCACAUCUGGACAUGAUCGGCUUCAACGUAAUGAAGAAGUUUAUCUCUGCUGUCGAGACCAGAGGUAUUAAUGAACAAGGCUUGUACAGAAUCGUUGGUGUGAGUUCCAAAGUCCAAAAACUACUGACCUUAGCAAUGGAUCCCAAGACAUGUGCCGAUGUUGAACUGGACUGUUCAGACUGGGAGAUAAAAACCAUCACAAGUGCAAUCAAGUUCUAUCUGAGAAUGCUGCCUGCUCCUCUAAUGACGUACCAGUAUCAGAGGAGCUUCAUCAAAGCUGCCAAGCUGGAUAAUCCUGACGCCCGUGUGACAGAAAUCCACGCGCUGGUUCAUCGUCUGCCUGAAAAGAACAGACAGAUGCUGGAGAUGAUCAUGAAGCACCUGGCCAAGGUUGCCAGUCACCACCAGCACAACUUGAUGACUGUGGCAAAUCUGGGUGUGGUCUUUGGUCCCACUCUUCUGCGGCCUCAGGAGGAGACUGUGGCGGCCAUCAUGGACAUCAAAUUCCAAAACAUUGUGGUGGAGAUCCUCAUUGAGCACCACGAGAAGAUCUUCCGGGACGUCCCAGUGGGUGUGUUGAACUCUCAGGCGUCUCGAAGAGGAAGUGCGGUGAACAGGACGCCGUCGUGCUGCGAGAGGCCGCUCACGCUGUUCCACACGCCCACACACUCCCAAAACAGUGAGAAGAGGAACAGUGUGGCUCCCGUGGCAGAGCUCCAGUCCAACACGGCCAACUGUAACAGCAGCAACAGCAGUAGCAGCAGCAGCGGCAGCCAGGGCCGGACCCCCAGACACAGCCUGACCAGUACCGACGGAGAGCUGGAGCACAGGAACAACAGGCCCUGCUCGCUGUUAAAUCCCAAGAGCAGAGGCAGCGUACCAACCAGCGGUCCUUCCCCCAGCCCCACGUCUCCUCGCUCUCCCUCGUGGCCCAUGUUCUCUGCCCCGUCCAGCCCACACCAGCUCUCCUCCACAUCCAGCGACUCCUCUCCCGGAAGUGUCUCUGGGAGAAAAGCGCGUGCUCUCUACGCCUGCAAGGCUGAACACAACUCUGAGCUGUCCUUCAUCGCAGGAACCAUCUUUGAAAACGUUCAUACGUCCAGGGAGCCGGGCUGGCUGGAGGGGACCCUGGGCGGACGGAUGGGGCUCAUACCAGAAAACUACGUGGAGUUUUUGUAG